GAUUAGUACCAAUGUGGCCUCUACGCCUUCGUCAGCGCUGCCACGCGUUGCGGCACGAAGUAUCAGUGGGAAACCGGACCUCGCCACAGCAGCGGCAGCGACUAGCUUGAGGACCAAGUGAUGUGCCGAUACAUGGCUUCACCCUUUUUUAUGUUCUACCUUCUCGUCCAUUUACUUAUUGUAAUAGUACAUUUUUGGUCGACGAGGCGGAAGCAUUCAUUCAUUCCAAUCUUAUACCCGUGUCUGAACCCAUGUGUUUUCUGUGAUAUCUUUAUUAUGAAAGCCCCAUAUCCCAUAUUUGCAUCUCUGUUUACCCAUCGUCUGUCUUUCAUUUCAUCUCAUCUGUGUCAUCAGACUGGGGCAUGUGCGGGACUCGAUGUCCCAUGCCCUGAUAAAAACCUGUACAUUUAUAUUCUUUCCUUUCUCAUUAUUUACAUGGUUUGGCUACGGCUGGUACAUGCAUUUUUGUAACUGGGGUGGUGUUUUUGCGGAUCGAGGUUCUAUGUUCAUGAAAUCAGGUUUUCCAUUAUUCUGCUGUACAGUCAGGAUGCAGAA